GUGGAAAAGAGGUAUGACGCCGGCGCACGCGCGAUAAUCGGCGAUCGCUGUUAUCGCGUCCCGUCCGCUGGCCGGAGCUGCACGCGCUCGCACUGACACUCCGACCACACUACGCAAGCAAUGCGCUUGUCUGCUUGACCGCUACACACAGAUUUCACUUUUACUUCAAUUCACAUUUUUUUUCGAUUCUGACGUAAAUUAUUCAGAAUGAAACGCGAAGGCAGCGGUUUGCUUCUCGACGACGUGCUCGCGAAUGAUGAACUUCUCUUCGAAUACUCGCCGGCCGAGAGUCUGAUCAAUUUCGAAUUACCCUCGAAUGGCGCUGACGUCGGCGACUGGCAACUCAGUGAUUUGGACUUCCAGUGCGACGCGUUCAUAAACGGUUUCAACGACUCAAACAGAGAUGGUUCUUUCGAAGGCAGUUCACCCCUACUGUUCGACUUCGACGACUUGGACGACAAAAACCUGGACGAUUACCUGCUCGAAGCUCUGAGUGACAAAUCCCGGGAUGCGCAAGCGGCGGAUUCUAACAGUGUCAGUGAUGAUUUAGGAAGGCUUUCGGUUCUCGGAAUCGAUUUGGAUUCGACGUGCGGUCAAGUGAACACACAGAACGAGUACGAAGAGAGUGAAGUGCGAAUUGUUGUGCAGGAUACGAAAGUGCGGUCGUGGGGCGAACCGGCGUACUGUCCUACGUUAGGCGCGUUCCGGUGUCCGGUGGAGGAGUGCGGAAAGUUGUACGCGAAGGCGUCGCACGUGCGGGCGCAUCUGCGGCGACACAGCGGCGAGAAGCCGUACCGCUGCACCUGGAGCGGAUGCUGCUGGCGGUUCGCGCGCUCCGACGAGCUGGCGCGCCACACGCGCAGCCACUCGGGCCACAAACCCUACCGCUGCGGCGACUGCGGCAAGCAGUUCGCGCGCUCCGACCACCUCGCUAAACACGGCAGAGUGCACGCUCGCCGCGCCGCCGCUGCCGCCGCCGCCGCUAAGCGCACCACCGCUCAAACUUACCGCACCAGAAGACUGUUAUAAGUUCAAUCUACGUUAAUCUUAAUAACAAGGCAAUAUAAAUGGCGUGUACCCAUCCACUAAAAAGCGGAGUGUUAGUCGACCCCUCACCAGGUGGAGUGACGACAUCAAUCGAGUCGCAGGUUCACGGUGUUGGAAGUUCCUAUACAAAAGGCUUAUGUUCUGCAGUGGACGUCUAUCGGCUGAUGAUGAUGAUGAUAAUGUCCAACUAUACAAACCAGAUAUCGCUGACGGAUAUCUUAAGUCUAGUGUGGAGAGUGGAAUAGCAAUGUGGGACAUGCAUUCAAAGUUACAAUAUAAGUGUCACAUAAGUGGCGAAGCCAAUUUCUAUUGCCUUGUUCAAAAAGAUUUCUAUGGUUCCACCAGUGCUCUUUUGUGAUCGAGUGAUUAAGACUGUUAGAGAGUAUAAAUGAGACUGUGAAAUGUGUAAAUAGCACAUACUGACCAAAGAUCGCGCAGGCGCGUUUUACUUUAAGAAUUUAUUAUAUUCUAGUUUUUACUUAGACCAGUUAUUAAUGGUCUAAGAGUUUUUAUUGUGGAGAUAUUAUUUACAGUGGAAUUCAUAGACGUUGCAGGGGCACCCCCAGGGGACCACGCUAAGUGUCGAAUUGUCAUACGCAUAGAGUUUAAAUUCGACACUCAGCGGGUGAACCAUCCCCUGGGGGCGCCCCCACAACGUCUGAAUUCCGCUGUUUGAUACCAACAUGCUUACCUAUUUCUAAGCGUUUUAUUACAUGUUAUGACCUAUGUAAAAUGUUUUAGUAAGUACCUACUUACUAUGAGUAUAUGAGUUUAUGUUAGGUAGGUGCCUACUUCAAAACUGCUGAGACUAUUUUACAUUUUUUUUAGAAAUAAGUAUAGACUAUGUAUUUAGAUGACUCUUAUUUAUUUAAUUAUUUGUAUGACCAAAAACGUAUAAAGCCUUGCUUUGUUACGCCGGCGCCGGCCAUAGACGGUUAAUAAUAUACCUAGUACAGCCUGCAUACUGGAUACAGCAAUAGAAAACAUUGAUACAUACAGCCACAGAAAAGUAGAAAAUUUAAAACAAGUAGGUAUGUGCAGCGCGCGUAGGGAUGAAGCAAGUGAAAAAAUAUCGAAAUAUUAUGGUUAUGAUUGGUUGUGGUUUCGAUAUUUCUUUUUACUACAUACAUCCCUACGCGCGCUGCAGGCAGUGUAUACUCUUGACCAUCUAUGGCCGCAUUGCUGGCGGUAUUAGGUUCGGAAAACGAAUAGAACUACCUAGUUUUUUGUAAUUUGCACGCUUUAGCUAACUGUUAAUAUUAUAGCUGUACCUGGUACACCCAGGCACUAAAUACGUACUUACAAGCCAGGUAAAGUUUUUAUUAUAUUUCCUAGGUAUACGAAUUUAUUUUCUAUCUAAAACCGUGUACCUAAUAUAAAAUAAGAAUCAAACAGAAUCUCAAUUCGCAUCUACAUAAAAUUGUAGUAUUUUUAGUAUACCUAUACUCGUAAUAAUCGGUUAUUAUUUUAUAUAAAAAUAAGAGGUAGGUAUGAGUAAUUCGUGACAUGUAAAAAGAACGCUGAACCCACGACGGCCAUAGUUACAUUAAUUUAGUAUGCCCAGGUAUUAGAUAAUAAUAAUCACUAUUUUAUAUUUAACUAACUGCCUACCUACCUAAGAUUAAUAUUAUUUUUAUAUUGUAAUACGCCUCAUCAUUUUCUAGAGAUACCUAUUCCACAGUAAACUGCCUAUUCUUACCAAUUAUUUUUAUUAUUAUUAAGGAAGAAUACAGUACUUAGAGAACUUGAGCUAACUUAUCCUAAUAACUAUAUAAAUCAUUGCCCGAGGGUCUCCACGGCAAAAGGAACAAAUAUCUAGCUCUCGAUAAGAGGAAGCAUACUUACCUACCGGUUUCAGCUUUUUCUUACCAAUUGACUAUUGACACUUAAAAAUAGACAAAUUAAACCUAUGUUGUAAAUACUCGUAGAUAUUAAUUAAUUUGAUAAUUUAUUAGACCACUUGAUUAAAAUUCGACAUCAGUUUUAUAAUCAAGUAAUUUUCAUUAAUUUAUUAUAUUUACCGAUUCCACAUACCAACAGCGUUAUUUUUAUGUGACACGAGUUAUAAGUUAAUUUUUCAUGUGUUAUAAAGUAUAUUUAUAUUAAGUUAUACGUAGGUAUUUCAUACGUGAGCUUUGUACAAAGUUGAAAAGCAGAACCAUAUAACAUAAAAUGUUUUAUCCGUGAGCAGAACAAUAUUGUUAAUAAUUCGAUAAGUAGCAGCUAGCAAUAAUAAAAAUAUUAUAAUGAUA